UUCAUGCUAUUCUUGACCGAGAAGCUUGUUGAAUGUGGUAUUUUGUCUUUGACUAGCAUAACUCGUAUAAUGUUCAAGUGAUAAAGCCACAAGCAGCAGAGAGCAGCUUCGUAUGGACAUUGGACGUGAGGUUUACGGACGUCUCCGCGAGUUGCGUGUGCUAUCUAGGCGUGUUCCACGAGUUCCCACAUAUUAUAAGGGGUGUUUGUUGGAUCAGAAAGCCAAAUCUUUCAUUGAACGUCAUCCUACGAAUUUGGAUGUAGUUUUCCCUUUUGGUUGACAUUUGUACAUAUGUAAUGGUUUACUUCUAUUCAUGAAAAACGCGUGAGUGUACUUGAAAAGCUAAAAUGGGAAAAGUAGUGUUACAAGCAUUUCAUCUGGCCCAAAACAGCAUUCAAAACUUUAAUGCCUAUUCUUUAUCUCUGUUUCUAUGGUUUUGACAGUCUGGUGUGGAGUUUGGGAGAAGAAAGCUAGAAGUAUGGCUUGCUCAGAUGACACCAAGGCUCAGUUAGCAGAAAUAGAACUAUUGUUAAGUAUGUUUCCAAGUGAAGAAGAGUUGCAAGUGGACCAACUUUCUCACGCAGAGCUCGGAGCGUUCGUUGAGGGUUCAGCUGACACUCCUCCAAGCACUAGACCCCAAUUUUCUGUUAUGUUAAAGGUGGAAAACCCUGAAGUGAACAUUACAUUGUCGUGCACUUACCCAAUUGAUUACCCACGAGUGUUGCCAGAAAUUACUGUCAGAUGCCCUGAGCUCAGUAGAGCGCAGCAAACACAGCUUCACUCUGAUCUCAGCGCUUACCUGUCUGAAAACUGCUGUGGUGACGUUUGUGUUCUGUCUGCUGUACAGUGGAUAAAAGACAAUGCACAAAAAUAUGUCACUAGAAGUAUCCCUCUCAGUGAGUCCAAGAAAGAAAGUGUCUUGACACAGUCAAAAGAGUCCUUUACCAGACUCUGGAUCUACAGUCAUCACAUUUACAACAAGAUCAAGAGGAAGAACAUUUUGGAAUGGUCAAAGGAGCUAAACCUCUCUGGGUUCAGUAUGCCUGGAAAGCCUGGUAUUGUGUGUGUGGAAGGGCUACAGUCUGCCUGUGAAGAGUUUUGGGCCAGGGUGAAAGUGUUAACAUGGAAAAGAAUUAUGAUUCGUCACAGAGAAGAUUUCCCUCUGGAUAACACCUGGACAGAGGACAGAAUUGACUCCUUCCGCAAGUUUACUAGCUUUAAUGAAGCGAUUUUUGACCCUCAUGGAAACAGAGGAAAUCACAUGGACCUUGGACAGCUUUUUCAGUUUCUUAAUGACAAGGGAUGUGCUGAUAUCUUUCAAAUGUACUUUGGGAUUGAAGGAAGAUAACAGUUUAUGUAUGUGCGUGGACAUUGUUAAAGGACGUGCAGUAAGUUAAAAGGUUUCUCAUCACUUUCUAGAAUAUGGGGAACAUUAUUUUAGCCUUAAUUUUUAGGCUCCACAAAUAUGGGUUAAUUACCUUUAUAAAAAUGUUUAGCCUAUAAAUUACACAAAUUAUAAUUAGAGAAAUAAUUGUGCAGUAUAAUCAAGAAUCAUUAAUCAUGCUAAUACAAUCCGCUUUAGUCAACAAACUAUGAGCCUGACUUGCAUACAUGUUCUAACUUCAAGACUACAUUUCUCACAUAGUGCCAUAGUAACUAUUUUAAUGCUUCUUAAAAAUAAGGACUCAUUAAAUGAAUGCUGACAUCUAACAACACUAUGCAAAUAAUCCCGGCUAUAUAUUGUAUAUCAGCAUGCUGUUGCAAGUGUAAAAAUACUUGUAUACGAGAGCCAACAAAACAAGUAACUUACUUUUCAAACCAAAAGUUGUUUGCUUGUUGCUUCCGUUAUUGGCUGUUGAUUGUUUUUCUCCAGAAAGGGGAACAAAAUGUUAUGCCGCAAUCUGACAUCCAUGCCAACAAUGUUAUUACAUUCAUUUAUGAUUUUUUUGGGUGGGGUUCAGGAGAACUUAAGCACUACAAUUAUUUUUUUAAAUUAGAGACAAGUACACUCUGUGUGUUGUUCUAUCGUUCUAUAUUUACCUGGAAAUAGGCAAUUAAGGUUAAAAUGUUGCUUUUUUAGCCAAAGAACACGUUAAAUAAAUGUGUCUUAUUGUCUGUGCCAUUUGUGAAGCAUAAUAUUUUGAUACUGUAAGAAACGUGGUAAUUAAUGUAAUUUAAUGUUUCUUAACAUUUUUUAGAAUUCCAAUUGGCUUUGGGUGAAAUGUUCUUGCUUUUGUAAACUUUCCUUUAAAAGAAUAAUAGUCAUAAUUUUAUUUGGGAGAAAAACGUUUUUUUUUUGGCUGUGUUGUUGAUCAGACAAACUUUUUUUUAAAGAAACAGAGAUGGGUUUUUUUACUAGAGAGGACAUGAUACAAAUUAAAUGAUGAGCUUCAGGUGCUGGGGCUCAGCUUGGCAGGGCUCUCUCCUCAGCUUACGUCUUUCCCUAAACAUGGACUUUCUGGAAACUUCCCAGCCCUGCUUGAACUUAAGCCACUUUGCCCAUCAAGAUGUCACAUACAUUUUACUACAUAAAAAUACAUCAAAUUAAAAUCGGGUCAAGA